GUAGUUCGUACACUUUCGAGGGUUUCCCAACCAGACGAGUGAUAAUAUAUAUCUUUCGUGUGAGAACUGCAUGGAUCUUUAAUCUAAGAUCCUAUCAAAACGAAAAUCACUACUUCUCACAGAUCAUUCUUCCACCUGGAAAGAAGCGCUUUUUUUUUCCAGCCUGAACAAACUCACAAUCCAUCAUGCCAGAUCAAACUCAACAACUAAGUGAAGAGGACAAGAAGAUCCUUGAGGAGCACCAUAAGAACUCAAAGAAUCCCGAUCACCCUGCCCAUCCUGAUCAUCCACAUGUGAGAGAACCAGUGCACUUGGUCAGGUUUCCCCUAUUGAUUGACCAUACUUAGCAUGGUGAAUUUCUGAAAAGCAUUCCAAAGCGAUUCGGAGGGGCUGCUAUCUUUGGAGCUGGCGCGACGGCAGGAGCUGAUGCCGUCAAGGGAGUUUUGGGACAGUGAGGGCCUUUGAUCAACUACUCCAUACUCCGUAGUGUGAAUGAAGUGGUGGCACAAACAGCAGAGUCGUGAAUAGGUAGCUAAGGGGUGGUUUGAAAACAGUCCUAUGGUUGGAGCUGCCAAGUACACUACGGCAGAGCAUAUCGACACUUCGCAUCCCAUGUCCUCCCAAACACCAAUACAAUAUUGAUCCAGACACGUCUCCUGUCUGCCCAUUGCGUCGCGUCGUUUUCCAACACUGACCAAAAAAGCGUACCCAGAAGCACAAAGAAUUUCAAUCAAAAAGCCUGACGAAACGUUAUUCAAAUAUUGCAGAAGCCCUGAAAUUCCUCCAGCCGGUAACAAUGGGUCGCGCAGCUCAAACUAUUUCCUUUACUCUGUUGGUCUCUUCGGCAUACCUUUUACUUGCGUUGCCGUUGUUGACACCAGACUCGCCUGUUCCGUCCAUCCUCCCAACCAAAAUCCAGGUCGAGAUCAUUCCCGUUCUGCCCUUCUGGGCUGUCAUCUCGUUGGGCGCAUACCUCUUGGGACGAUUGGGACUGGGUGUCUUGAAGUUCAACGAUACCAAGGAAGCCUACACGGAAUUGAUGGGACAAAUCGACGUGGCAAAGAAGAACCUGGAUCAGAGAAAAGUGCGCUGGGACUAAAAGAGGCACAAAUGAACGACAUUUCUGUCCGACACAGAGCACAGAGCGGAGCAUUCAACGAAACAUUACUUUGGCUGGGAAAAAAAACCAUUGUUCGGUCAUGUGUUUUGUUGUAUGCCAUUCCUAGCCUCUCCAGAAAAAAAGGAAGGGAAAACCAGAAAACGAAACUAGAUACCUAACGAUCCCAAAAACCUAUUUGGUGCCUCGAGCAGCCAACUGAUCAUGCUCGUCAAUGUCAGUCGCCUCCCAGGGAUAGCAGAUCCAAACGUCGGGGACGGUGACGGCUGCGAGAUACCGGUUCUCAUCGACCAUGUCUUCCGGGAGCUGUCCCUUCUUGACCUUGUCCUUGUUAUGCAGCACGAAAAUGGAGAAUUUUGUCUUUUCGGUCCUGCCUUGCUGUUGCCUGGCCAGUUCGACGUCCUUUUCUAGUUCCUUGACCGCGUAUUCCAAAGUCGUUCGGGUGUCAUCCACUUCGUCGACGAUCAAGACGUUCUUGCCGAUGAGGUUGGACAUCUCGAGGGACGAAAGGUCGAGCCAUUGUGUCCGAGUGACUUUUGUGCCUGGAGCCUCAACGGGUCCGGCGUUGGGGAGCUGUUCGUAGAGGGAGAGACCGAUGGCCUGGAUGGGGAUGUUGGGAGCGCCUGGCUGCUUCAGGAAUGAUCUAGACAGUCA